AUGAAUUUCUUUAAUUCAUUAACUGGUAGCCCUUGUAAUAUCAGUUUUGACUUGGAUAAUUGUCAAAAUAGAAAAACAAUUGAAGUUACCUCUGAGAAGGGUAAAUCAGAGAAACUCUUUGUAUUCGUUGGAAACGAACCUGUCUCUGGUAAGGUUUCGAUCAACUUGAAAGAUAAAGCCAAAAAGAUUGAACACAAAGGUAUUAAAGUUGAAUUCGUUGGUCAAAUAGAACUCUUUUAUGACAGAGGAAAUCAUUAUGAAUUCACUUCGUUGGUUCGUGAGUUGGCACCGGCAGGCGAUCUGACAGAGAGCAAGACAUUUGCUUACGACUUUAUGAAUGUCGAGAAGCAAUAUGAAUCAUAUAAUGGCACCAACGUACGUCUUAGAUAUUUUGUGAGAUUGACAAUCUCGAGAAACUAUGCAUCGAACAUUGUAAAGGAGUACGACAUUUGGGUCAUCAAUUUCAACAAGCCACCCGAAGUAAAUAGUAAUAUCAAGAUGGAGGUCGGUAUUGAAGACUGUCUCCACAUUGAGUUUGAAUACAACAAAUCGAAAUACCAUCUCAAAGACGUAAUCAUCGGAAAGAUUUAUUUCCUCUUGGUUAGAAUUAAAAUUAAAUAUAUGGAGAUUGCACUAAUCAAGCGUGAGCAAACAGGUUCCGGUCCAAACGUUUUCAGCGAGAGUGAAACUUUAACUAAAUUUGAAAUUAUGGAUGGUGCUCCAGUUAGAGGUGAAUCAAUUCCAGUAAGAUUGUUCCUUUCUGUAUUUGAUCUUACACCAACUUACAGAAGUGUUCAUAAUAAAUUCUCUGUAAAAUAUUACUUGAAUCUUGCCCUUGUAGAUGAAGAUGAUAAGAAAUAUUUCAAACAACAAGAAAUUACAUUGUGGAGAAGAGGUGUCUCAAAGCCAAUUGCAAACACAGGAAAACCAGAAGUUCAUAACGAAAUACCAACUCCUGACCCAGAUGCCUCCGAAGAUGACAGCGAGUAA